AUGUCAGGGAAAAUGGGCAGCAGGAGCAAUAGCGUUAUCCAGGCACAGAAACUGGUGGAUCAACUUCGGAUUGAGGCAACAAUGGAGAGAGUAAAGAUUUCCCUGACAGCGGCAGAUUUGGUCCAGUACUGUCAGGAGCACCGGCGGAGCGAUCCUCUGCUCACCGGUAUAGCUGCUUCAGCCAACCCUUUCAAAGACAAGAAAACCUGUGUGCUGCUUUGA